AAGGAGACAACCAUGAAUGAGCCACUGGAUGGUUUAGCAAACGCUUCUGAUUUCCCCGAUUAUGCAGCUGCUUUUGGAAAUUGCACUGAUGAAAAAAUCUCCCUCAAGAUGCACUACCUCCCUGUUAUCUAUGGCAUCAUCUUUCUCGUGGGCUUCCCGGGGAAUGCAGUAGCCAUCUCCACUUACAUUUUCAAAAUGCGGCCCUGGAGAAGCAGCACCAUCAUCAUGCUGAACCUGGCCUGCACUGACCUGCUGUACCUAACCAGCCUCCCUUUCCUCAUCCACUACUACGCCAGCGGGGAAAACUGGAUCUUUGGGGAGUUCAUGUGCAAGUUCAUCCGCUUCGGCUUCCAUUUCAACCUGUACAGCAGCAUCCUCUUGCUCACCUGUUUCAGCAUCUUCCGCUACAUCGUGAUCAUCCACCCAAUGAGCUGCUUUUCCAUCCACAAGACUCGGUGGACGGUGGUAGCCUGUGCGGUGGUGUGGAUCAUUUCGCUGGUGGCGGUCAUGCCCAUGACCUUCCUGAUUACAUCAACUAACAUGACCAAUCGAUCCACCUGUCUUGACCUCACCAGUUCAGAUGACCUCACCACUAUCAAAUGGUACAAUCUAAUUUUGACUGCCACCACCUUCUGCCUCCCCUUGGUGAUCGUGACACUUUGCUAUACGACAAUUAUCAAUACCCUAACUCACGGACCUCAGACUCAGAGCUGCCUUAAACAGAAAGCUCGCAGGCUGACCAUACUGCUCCUGCUCGUAUUUUAUAUAUGUUUUUUACCAUUCCAUGUCUUGAGGGUCAUUCGGAUUGAAUCUCGCCUGCUUUCCAUCAGCUGCUCCAUCGAGAAUCAGAUCCACGAAGCUUACAUCGUUUCUAGACCCUUGGCUGCUCUGAACACAUUUGGUAACCUGUUACUCUACGUGGUGGUCAGCAACAACUUCCAGCAGGCCAUCUGCUCAAUAGUGAGGUGCAAAGAAAGCGGGGACCUUGAGCAAGCAAAGAAAGUCAGUUGUUCAAACAACCCUUGAGAUACUUCAUAUACUCAACCAAAAAUAAAAUCCUAUUGAUAAUUUACUUACACUUCUGAGAAGUCCAGAAUAUCUCCUUCAAUGAAUGCCCAGUCGAUA